UAGAUAUCUCACAGAAAUGUGAUAAGGAAAGCAUUUUGUAAACAUUUAAAUCCUAUAUGAACAUGUCCCCAUCUAUUGGGUUAUGAGUCCUCUAAACUUAGUGAAACUGGAAAGGAGUUUUAACAUCUUAAUAUAAAGUAAAAGGUACAGAUGUUUUAGCUGAGAGUUUGACUUUAUAUUAAGUAAGGAUAUGCAUGCAACACAAUAGGCUUAUUUUCUCAGUCUCCAAUAAAGAAUAAGAGUGGAAAUAUACAGAAACUUUUCCAGUGUCCACCUUGACAAUAAUCAGGAUGCUUUCCACAAAGGUUUCUUUAAAAAAUACUACAUUGCCAGCAAAACAGCAAAUUCUUUGAAAUUGUGUCUCACAGUCUUACAUGUCCCAAUGCCCUACAUGUAUGUCCUAUAAUCAGCAAAUAGUUAAUUGACUAAUUAUCUGUCGCCAAACAUCAAAUGAUCUCAUGUCUUUCUGCCCCAACAGGUAAAUAGAAAUGUAUUCAGAGAACUGGACCCAAGUAACAGAAUUUGUCCUGAUUGGUUUCCCUGGUAGCUGGGGCCUUCAGCUCAUACUAUUCUUGGGACUUCUGGUGACAUAUGUAGUGACAAUCAUGGGGAACGUGCUCAUCAUUGUACUUAGCUGGUCUGACCACCGCCUACAAACCCAGAUGUAUUUCUUCCUGAGAAAUCUGUCCCUCCUAGAGUUGGCAUGGGUCUCUGUUGUGGUCCCCAAAAUGAUGGCCAGCCUCCUCACCAGAGACUAUUCUAUCUCUUUUGCUGCCUGCAUUAUGCAGUCCUACCUUUAUUUUCUCUUUGGCACCACUGACUUUUUCCUCUUGGCUGUCAUGUCCCUGGAUCGUUAUCUGGCCAUCUGUCGUCCAUUACACUAUGAGACCCUCAUGAAUGGUCCCAUCUGUGUUAGGUUAGUGAUAGCCUCCUGGAUUUCUGGCUUCCUUUGGGUGCUCUCUCCUACCAUUCUGAUGGCUAGUCUGCCUUUCUGUGGCCCUAAUGUCAUUGACCACUUCUUCUGUGAUAGUUGGCCACUUAUGCGGCUCUCUUGUGCAAAUACCCAACUUCUGGAGUUAGUUGCUUUUAUACUUUCCACAACUGUUCUUCUGGGCUCCUUGGCACUAACUUCUGUCUCCUAUGGCUGCAUCUUUCUUACUGUCUUCCGGGCUCCAACAGCUGCAGAAAGGAGGAAAGCAUUUUCCACUUGUGCAUCACAUCUUGCGGUAGUUAUCAUUGCCUAUGGCAGCUCCAUCUUCCUCUAUAUUCGCAUAUCUGAGACCCAAUCUCUGUUCCUUAAGAAAGGGGCCUCAGCCUUGGCAUGCAUCAUCACCCCUCUUCUGAAUCCAUUCAUCUUUAGCCUCCGUAAUGAUAAAGUGAAGCAGGCCCUACGAGACGCCUUGAGGUGUCACAGGAACAUAGGCAUCAGAAGGCUAUGAGGAAUUUGGGACGAAGUGUGAGCUUUUCUUUGCAGUUUGGGAGACAAAAGUCCCAAGCAAUGGACUAACAUUGUCUCCUGGAAUCAAUGAAGCGGUUUAAUGGUUAAGCAUUGAAAAAGAGUCUUUAUUCAAAAGCACUGGAAAGGAAUCAUCGAUUUGGGCUUAUUUUUAGCCACAAAAAAAGGAAAGCCUUCUUUAGAUCUUAUAAACCUUCAAUAUAGUCACCUUUAACUUGAAAUGAUGGAAUUGUGGUCUAGCACAAAGUGUACAGGUUUUUACAGGGGUGCAAAAAAUCUUAAUUAUUACUAGUGUGGCAUAAAGUCAAGUAAGUUUCCACUUAUGAACUUGACCUUUCAUUCAUAAAAUAAUCUUUUUUGGGGGUAUGGGAGGCAUACUUGUUCUUUCUAAGGCAAAAUGUUGUAUUAUGGAAUUCUUAUAUAAAAAUUACCUGUAGAUUCAUAACUAGAAGCUAAGUUUUAUGCAGUCAAUAACUAGGCUGGAGAAUGUUUUCAGUACCUUGGUAGAGGCCAGUCCAAAUAGCAAUGAAUUUAGAAAAGGGGCAAUAUAUCCUCUAGAGAGAACCUCAGUGCCCCCACAAAGUUCAUGAUGGUAAAAUAUUCACCAGUAAAAUGAUGUUAUGGCAAUGGGACUCUGACAGUGAGAUCUUCCAAGCAAAUAUAGCUGUGCUGAGUUACUAAGAACUGAUGACAAGGGUUAGGAUAAAAAAUAAAGAGUUGUGCUAAGUGUUACCAGCUGCUGGAAAAUCUUAAAAAACAAACAAUUAGAUCUGUGAUGUCUACAUGGCAUGCAAAUGAAUUUUUCUGAUUGAUGGGGAAAAACAUUACCCUUCCAGUUAUAGAGAAAUUAGACAUUCUCAAUAUUGUCAUGUUGUGACAAAACUCUGUCCCUGUGUAGUUAUGGUUCUAAGUAAAAGCAAAUAAAUA